CUGGAGGAGCUGCGGGUGCUGCAGCAGCGCCAGCUGCGCCAGCUGCGCCUCACCGAGGACAUCCGGCGGCAGCUCCUGCUGCUGGCCGCCCCGCGGCCACCGCCGCCGCCAUCGCUGACACCGCCGACAUCAUCGUUGGCAUCGUCGUCAUCGUUGGCAUCGUCAUCGUUGGCAUCAUCAUCGUUGGCAUCAUCAUCGGCAUCAUUGACAUCAUCAUCGUUGGCAUCAUCAUCAAUGGCAUCACCAAUGCCAUCACCAUUGACAUCGUCGGCAUCAUCGUCCUCAGCGUUGACGUCAUCAUCAUCGUUGGCAUCACCGUUGACAUCAUCGUUGGCACCAUCAUUGACUUCAUCGUCAAUGCCACCAUCAUUGACAUCAUCAACGGCAUCGUCGUUGACGUCGUCGUUGACGUCGUCAUUGGCAUCGUCGCUGUCACUGACGGCGCUGGCGCCGCGGCACCGCUGCCGCGCCAAGGCCGCGGGGACCGCGCGGCGCUGGGGCCUCCGGGUGCAGCGGCACCGCGCGGUGACGCCCACAGCCAUGGGGACACCAGCAACAGCCAUAGUGACACCGACACCCAUGGGGACACCAACAACCCCCAUGGGGACACCAACGACCAAGGUGACACCAACCAUGGUGACACCAACAGCCAUGGUGACACCAACAGCCAUGGUGACACCAACACCACCCAUGGGGACACCAACAGCCAUGGUGACACCAACAGCCAUGGUGACACCAACACCACCCAUGGGGACACCAACAACCCCCAUGGGGACACCAUCAACCAUGGGGACCCCAACCAUGGUGACACCAACACCCGUGGUGACACCAACACGCGUGGGGACACCACCAACCCCCAUGGUGACAGCACCACCCGCGGUGACGGUGACGGUGACGGCAGCGGGCGCCCUGCUGCUCCCUGCUGCCAAGGCUGCCCAUCACCACCACAACACCCGCACCGACAACGCCUGCGCCAACAACACCCGCGCCGACAGCAACACCGACACCGGCACCGCCGCUCUCCUUCUGCGGCCGCUACGGCCCCUUCGCGGCCCCCCGCCCCGCCCCCGACGACCCGGCGCCCACCCGCCAUCAGCCAAGAUGGCGCGCGCGGCCUCCGAGUGA